CCUCGGUCAGGCGCGCAGCUGGGGGUCCGGGGAACGCAGUGGUUGGAGGUUGCGCCCCGCCCGUCGGGCCCAGGCUCAGGAGGCAGCUAGCUCUCCCCGCCCGGCUCUCUCGCUCGCUACACACACCGACACAGACAGCUGCUCUCGGGGCCGGAGCAGACGCCAGGCGGGAGGAGGCGGGGUUGCGGGAGGCGAGUCCAUUCUGCGCAAUCCAGUCCGGGACUUGGCUCCGCCCGGGAGCGGCGGCCUCUGGGGUGACAGUAGCGGGCUGCGCUGGGUGAGGCUGCAGCGAACUCCGCUCCCCGCUCACUCGGCCGCCCGGCGCUCGGGACGCAGCAGCCGCGCUUCUCCGCGGGGCCGACAGCCCGCUCGCCCGCCCGCCCGCGAUGCCCGCUUAGGAGCGAGCGGCAGCGGCAAGCCACCACCGCCCCACCCGCGCCCAGCCCGCACAGCGGACUCGCCCCCAAGCUCCAGUCCGCACCCUACUGCAAUGACUUGUUAAUCCCGGGCGCAGACACCCGCCGCCGAAGGGACUCCGCCGAGUGGACUCCAAGUGGCAUUUGGAUUUGGAGAAGAGUUUCUCGAACCUUGCUUUCUGCCUUGUUAGGGUGCUUUUCUUUCUUUCUUUUUUCUUUUUCCCUCCCCCUCUUUCUUCCUUUCUUUUUCUCCUUCUCCUGUCAUCGGAGAUGUACACAACACGUUUGCAGCCCCCAAAGUAGUCGCCGUGGCUGGUCUGGUGUGUGCCCCCCAACACACACCCCAAAGAGACAAGCAUACAUGUAGGAAUGACAAAGGCUGGCAAAGAAGAGAGCGCAGCUCGCCGCCCGGAGAGAUCCCACUGGAUAAUGGAUUACUAAAUGGGAUACCCGCCACACCAGCCCGCCCCGAGCCCAGAGCCCCGGCAGCAGGUCCGUCGAUGCACCGAAAAGGGUGAAGUAGAGAAAUAAAGUCUCCCCUCUGAACUACUAUGAGGUCAGAAGCCUUGCUGCUAUAUUUCACACUGCUACACUUUGCUGGGGCUGGUUUCCCAGAAGAUUCUGAGCCAAUCAGUAUUUCGCAUGGCAACUAUACAAAACAGUAUCCGGUGUUUGUGGGCCACAAGCCAGGACGGAACACCACACAGAGGCACAGGCUGGACAUCCAGAUGAUCGUGGUGAUGAACAGGACCCUCUACAUUGCUGCUAGGGAUCAUAUAUAUACCGUUGAUAUUGACACGCCACACACAGAAGAAAUUUAUUGUAGUAAAAAACUAACAUGGAAAUCUAGACAGACUGACGUAGACACGUGCAGAAUGAAGGGAAAACAUAAGGAUGAGUGUCACAACUUCAUCAAAGUUCUCCUGAAGAAAAAUGACGAUACGUUGUUUGUCUGUGGAACAAAUGCCUUUAACCCUUCCUGCAAAAACUAUAAGACGGAUACUUUGGAACCUUUAGGGGAUGAAUUCAGUGGAAUGGCCAGGUGCCCUUAUGAUGCCAAGCACGCCAACGUUGCACUGUUUGCGGAUGGAAAACUCUACUCAGCCACAGUGACUGACUUCCUUGCUAUUGAUGCAGUCAUUUACCGGAGUCUUGGAGACAGCCCAACCCUACGGACUGUGAAGCAUGAUUCAAAAUGGUUGAAAGAACCAUACUUUGUCCAAGCAGUGGAUUAUGGAGACUAUAUCUACUUCUUCUUCAGGGAGAUAGCCGUGGAGUACAACAGCAUGGGGAAGGUCGUUUUCCCCAGGGUGGCUCAGGUUUGCAAGAAUGACAUGGGAGGGUCUCAGAGAGUCCUGGAGAAACAGUGGACAUCCUUCCUGAAGGCUCGCCUCAACUGCUCAGUGCCCGGAGACUCCCAUUUUUAUUUCAACAUUCUUCAGGCGGUUACAGACGUGAUUCGUAUUAACGGUCGGGAUGUUGUUCUGGCAACCUUUUCCACACCUUACAACAGCAUCCCUGGGUCUGCAGUGUGUGCCUAUGACAUGCUCGACAUCGCCAAUGUCUUCACUGGGAGGUUCAAGGAGCAGAAGUCUCCAGAUUCUACCUGGACACCAGUUCCUGAUGAGCGUGUCCCCAAGCCCAGGCCAGGCUGCUGUGCUGGCUCACCCUCCUUAGAAAAAUACACAACAUCCAAUGAGUUUCCUGAUGAUACCUUGAACUUCAUCAAGACGCACCCUCUCAUGGAUGAGGCUGUACCUUCCAUCAUCAACAGACCAUGGUUCCUAAGGACAAUGGUUAGAUAUCGCCUGACCAAAAUCGCAGUGGACACAGCUGCUGGGCCCUAUGAGAAUCACACUGUGGUUUUCCUGGGAUCAGAGAAAGGAAUCAUCUUGAAGUUCUUGGCCAGGACAGGAAACAGUGGUUUCCUAAAUGACAGCCUUUUCCUGGAGGAGAUGAGCGUUUACAACCCUGAAAAGUGCAGCUAUGAUGGAGUAGAGGACAAGAGGAUUAUGGGUAUGCAAGUAGACAAAGCAAGCAGCUCUCUGUAUGUUGCAUUCUCCACCUGUGUGAUCAAGGUUCCCCUCGGCCGGUGUGAACGACAUGGGAAGUGUAAGAAAACCUGUAUCGCCUCCCGAGACCCAUACUGUGGGUGGGUAAAAGAAGGAGGUUCCUGUGUCCAUCUGUCACCCAGCAGCAGAUUGACUUUUGAACAGGACAUCGAACGAGGCAAUACAGAUGGCCUGGGAGACUGUCACAAUUCCUUCGUGGCACUGAAUGACAUUUCAACUCCUCUACCAGAUCAUGAAAUGUCUUACAGCACAGUCUAUGGCCACUCCAGCUCCCUCUUGCCCAGCACCACCACGUCCGAUUCCGCGGCUCGAGAGGGGUUUGAGUCUAGGGGAGGCAUGCUGGAUUGGGACGAUCUGAUCCACGCACCGGACAACACAGACUCUUUGGGGGCAGUGUCUUCCCAUAAUCACCAGGACAAAAAGGGAGUGAUUCGAGAGAGUUACCUCAAAGGCCAGGACCAGCUGGUUCCCGUGACCCUCCUGGCAAUUGCGGUAAUCCUGGCAUUUGUCAUGGGCGCCAUCUUCUCUGGCAUUGUGGUCUACUGUGUCUGUGACCACCGGCGCAAGGAUGGGGCGGCGGUGCAGCGCAAGGACAAGGAGCUGGCCCACUCGCGCCGGGGCUCCAUGGGCAGCGUCACCAAGCUCAGCGGCCUGUUCGGGGAUGCGCAGUCCAAGGAGCCCAAGCCCGAGGCCAUCCUCACGCCACUCAUGCACAACGGCAAGCUGGCCACGCCAGGCAGCACGGCCAAGAUGCUCAUCAAGGCGGACCAGCACCACCUAGACCUGGCGGCGCUGCCCACCCCGGAGUCCACACCGACACUGCAGCAGAAGCGUAAGCCGGGCCGGGGCAGCCGAGAGUGGGAGAGAAACCAGAACCUCAUCAACGCCUGCACCAAGGACAUGGCCCCCUUGGGCUCUGCCGUCAUCCCUACCGACCUGCCCCUUCGAGCCUCACCCAGCCACAUCCCCAGCGUGGUGGUGCUACCCAUCACACAGCAGAGCUAUGGGCAUGAGUAUGUGGACCACCCCAAGAUGGGCGAGGGGGGUCCCCUGGCCCUGGAGGACCAGGCUGCCACCCUGGAGUAUAAGACCAUCAAGGACCAUCUCAGCAGCAAGAGUCCCAACCAUGGGGUGAACCUAGUGGAGAACCUGGACAGUCUGCCCCCCAAAGUCCCCCAGCGGGAGGCAUCCCUGGGCCCCCCAGGCACCUCGCUGUCUCAGAACGGCCUGAGCAAGCGACUGGAGAUGCAUCACUCGUCCUCCUAUGGCCUGGACUAUAAGAGAAGCUACCCCACGAACUCGCUCACUAGAAGCCACCAGGCCACCACCCUCAAAAGAAACAAUACUAACUCCUCCAAUUCCUCCCACCUCUCCAGGAACCCCAGCUUCGGCCGGGGAGACAACCCACCGCCCGCCCCGCAGAGGGUGGACUCCAUCCAGGUGCAUGGUGGGCAGCCGGCCAGCCAGGCCGUGACUCUGUCGAGACAGUCCAGCCUCAGCGCCUACAACUCACUGAGCAGGGCCGGGCUCAAACGCACACCCUCGCUCAAGCCUGACGUGCCCCCCAAACCUUCCUUUGCCCCCCUCUCUACAACCAUGAAGCCCAACGACGCGUGUACAUAAUCCCAGGGGAGAGGGGUCAGGUGUUGAACCCACAGUAGAAAGUGAGGCGCCCUCUCAACUCAGCCUGGCACGGUUCUCCAUGGCCUGAGUACCCACCUGACCAGGACAGCCUGAGACAGAGCUCAGGCUGCCCACUGGAGCAGGGGGAACCCCCUCUGCCCCCCGGCCCUCCCAGACCUCUCUUGGGGACACAGGGGUACUGCCUGAAAAUCAGGCCGUGUGGCUGGCUUGGUGAAGGUUUGCAACGGACUCACCUCCAUCCUUUUCCUUCACUCUCCCUUACCUCCUUCCAACAGGUUGGACUUAAAUUAUCACCAACAACAUGAGCCAAAAGCACAUCCUCACCCAGUCCUCACACACACACACACACACACACACACACACACACACACGAACAAUGGCUGCAGCAUUUUGCAUUUUUGUCCAUGACUGCACGGGGCAGGUGCCAAACUCGGCACCACCUGGUAAAACACAGAUACAUUUCUUUUUUUAAAUCAUGAAAAUUAAAAAAAAAAAAGAAUUCAGUGAUAACUCUAACUCAGACUUUAACCAUGGCAGAUGUUUACUGCACACAGAUACUGUGAAAGGCCCACCAGUGUUACAGCUUUCUGUUCUGUUCUAGCAGAGGAUAAUGCCAGGCUGGGCAGUGAUGUCAUAGAUUUCUGUCCCCCCUGCGCCUCCCCCCUUUUAAUGACAUAACGCGACCGUUAACGCAAAGUAACUCUUUAUUUAUUGUUCACCCUUGGUUUUUCUUAAGGAAAGGACUCUUCCACAAGCCACCCAUACCAACAGAGCUUCAGAAAACCCCACCACCGCCACCACCACCACCACCACGGAGAGUUAAAACUAUUUAACAUGAGAAUCCAUUAACUGGAAUAAUUUGAGUCUCUUUAUUUUUACAAUAAAGUCACUGAGUCAAUACAUUUGGAGCUGGAAUUCUGAGCUUUGUGUUUGGACUGUCUGAUUGCUAGUGAAAGGGAAAAGUUAAAGUGGGGGGAUGUUUAUUGAAAGCUACCCAGUUAAUUCACCAAGUCAGGUCUCUGGCCUAUAACAUACAAAAAAAAAAGAUUUCUUUAAAAGGAAAAUUAAAAGUAAGAUCAAUUCAUUUCUAAGCCUUUCCUAACUUCUAAAGCAAUCAGGAGAAGAACUUCCAGAGUGGCACAUCCGAGUGUCACUGCCACCCUGGAGGCUUUGUCACUGGGCCCUGCUUUCUGUGAAGCCACCAGCAUGUGAUCCGCCAUCUCCUGUCACCUUGCAUGUGAGACAGCAAACAGAAUCCGCAAACGGUGUGAACCAAUUACUCCAGUGGCUGCUCCCUUGCAUAAAUUAAUGGUUUGAUCACAGGGGUGGGGGUUGUGGGUUUCCGUCUGUGAAUAGCCUGUUUUCCACAUGUAAAUUUGUGCCUUACACCCUGAGUUGUGUGUACACUUGUAAAACUGUCAUUAUGAUCCAUCCCUCUUCCUCCCCCUCUCCCCUUUUUUUUAUAUAAAUACAGAUAUUUAUUUAGUCCAUUCCCCCACUCCAGUUCUCUGGAAAAUAAGCAUCCAGAAGCAUACGGUGGUGAUGGUUCUAACCACCACCACCACCACACACUUUCUUCUCGUUGUGCCAACUUGAACCACCCUUUGGCCGUGCUUGCCCAGCCUGCAAAGUUGGCCUCAGUGUUGUGGGUAGUGACUCCCCUUCCCUCCUCCAAAAUUCCCUGCUUCCCUGGUUUCCACAGAUCACUUCUACAGACUGAGAGCUCUGCUUUCACCAGUAGGCAAGGGAACUCCCAUCCCAGUCUCUGUUUAUGCUAUGUCCACUUGCUAGAGAACACGUGAUGUGCAGGGCUGGGCAGACACCCUAGAGGAGUGUCCAAGCCACACACACUUGAGUGCACACAAAGAAAGGGCAUGGAAUUAGAGGUAGACAGGCUGGUCCCUGCUGUGAUUAAUCAGUAACUUCAAGUACAAGGCCAAUCACGACGGAUGCUUACAAAAAAAAAAUUGACAGGGGCUGAAGGUUUAUAAUUUCAAAAUAAUAAUAUUUUUCUCUAUCCUUUUGUUAUUGUUUAUAGGGGUGGGUAGGGUGUGUGGGUUUUUUUUUUUUCCUUCCCCCUCCCUUGGUUUCACUCUCUCAAGCACACAGGAGGGACUUGUGUUUCUUCUGUCUCCUACAAAAGAAAUGUCAACAUGCUGUAAACCAUGAACAUUGUUGGCUGGUAGUAGUGCUUUUGGUUUGGUUUGGUUUGGUUUGGUUUGGCUUGGUUUUUUAGUUGGUUGGUUGGUUUUUGUUUUUAAAAAACAGUGAAAGAAUAAUAUUUGGUGUCUCUCUGUUUAUUUCUAGUUUAGUUUUGUCUCCUAAGGAAUUUUUUUUCUGACAGUGUGGAAAGAUUUUGAGUAGGUACACAAAAAACUGCCACUUUCCACAAUCACAGAGAGGCUGGGAUGUGUGGCCACCCCUUGGCCCAACCUUUGCUUCCAAACCUCCCUUGCAGUCUUGCUGUUGGUUGGGAAUUGGCAUUUGCUUGUGUUGUUCUCUUUUGUUUUGACAGUGGAAUCCAUGUUCAUUUCCUGUGAAUGUAGUACCCUGAGACCAUGAAGUCUUUUCUGGAAGCUAAACUUUCCCCUCUCCCAGGCCUCCUGGAGAGACCUAAGGGUAGCUCUCACCCCAUCGCCUCUUCCAUGCUUCACUCUCAAAUGCUGAUGACAGGUGUGGCCUUCCCUUUUGUCUGCUAGGUGGAUGCCACUACCUCAGCUGUGCUAAGGAGACCAUUCCUGAACGUCCAUCUCACUACCCCUUUGUCCCACAACCCAUCACUUACGGUGUUAACCCUAAAAAAGCCCACAUGUAUUGAACUGGUCCUCUGCAUUUAAGUAUUCCCUCCUUCUCCCCCACCCCCGCUUUUUUUUUGGCUCCCCGCUCUGUGUAGGAGAGGGUUCCUAAACCUGAGUGUGCCUUUGCUUUCUACCCUUGCUAGUCACUAGUAGAUGCAACCAAUUCAGAUUUCUAUUUGUUGUAAAGUUGUAAAAAAAAAAAAAAUUGUGAUGUCAGCAAUUUCCCUUCCAUCUCCACAUCCCUUAACAUCUGAUUCAUGAUUUAAUGUAUGUUGUAAGAAAGAAAAAAGAAGGAAAAAAAAAAAAAGCAAGGAAAAGGCUCUUUAUUACUUCUAGGUAAUAAAAACCAGACUGUUCUACAUUA